AUGCUGUUCAAGUUGAUUGGAGAAAUGCAUGCAAGCGAGCAUCCUUUGACGAAGGCUUGGGCGGACGAACCUCUGAAGCUCAUACCAACACCCAAAUCAAAACUUAAGCUCACAGCUGAAAAGAAAGGCCAAGAAGCCUCCGAUGCAUCUACCGUUGCUACAGAGAUGUGCAACGUGCACAACGUCCUCCUCCGGGCCAUCAACUGCAUCCUCCUCCAAGCGCGCAACGUUCCCCAAAGCACCGCAAACGACGUCGCAGACUUCGUGACAUUCAGCCUGCAUGUCAUAGCAACGAUCAGCGAACACCACCACACAGAAGAGACACUUAUGUUCCCUCUUUUCGAAAAGCACAGCAAAGCAGGACUACUGGAUGAGAACGUCGUUCAGCAUGACGAAUUCCACAAGGGCAUGCACGAUCUCGAGAUCUAUUUAACGCAGAUCCAGAAUGACGUAGCUGAGUACGAUGGGGAAAAAGUUAUGAGGCUUGUGGAGGGCUUCGCACCGGCGUUACACAGACAUCUAGAGGAUGAGAUUGACACGUUGUUGAAGUUGGAGGAGUAUGAUGUUCCGUGGGCGGAGGUGAUGAAGAAAGUGACUGAGCAUGCUGUUAAUACGCCGAAUCCAGUAUGUACACAAUCCCCAACACCAUGA